AAGGGUAUCGAAAGAGAGCUCAUCUGCCCGGCGUGCGAGGAGUUAUUUACCCACCCGCUGAUCCUUCCUUGCCAGCACAAUGUCUGUCACAAGUGUGUCAAAGAAAUACUCUUUGCGUUCGAAGACUCUUUCGCUGAUGGAGGCUCUGAAUCCUCUAAUCAGAGCAGCCCUCGAAUUAAAAUCUCUUCUUCUAGCACAGACAGAAUUGACAGGGUUAGUAGAUCAGCCUCACAGAGGAGGUCUUUUGGACGUAACCACCUCGGCAGAAAACGCAAUUCACUGACUCCUAGAUCGACUCUGUUUCAUUGUCCGGGUUGCCAGCGGGAUAUUGAUCUUGGAGAACGUGGCAUCAAUGGCUUAUUUCGCAACUUUACUUUGGAAACCAUUGUGGAAAGAUACAGACAGGCGGCCAGGGCAGCCAUUGCUAUUAUGUGCGAUUUCUGCAAACCUCCACCUCAGGAGUCCACAAAGAGCUGCCUGGACUGCAGCGCAAGCUAUUGCAAUGAGUGUUUCAAAAUACACCAUCCUUGGGGAACGGUGAAAGCCCAGCAUGAAUAUAUAGGACCAACCACCAACUUCAGACCCAAGAUUUUGAUGUGUCCAGAACAUGAAAUGGAGAGGGUAAACAUGUACUGUGAAAUCUGCAGAAGGCCUGUUUGUCAUCUUUGUAAACUAGGUGGAUGUCAUGCAAACCACAGAGUAACAACUAUGAGCACUGCCUACAAAACCCUUAAGGAGAAGCUUUCGAAAGAUAUUGAGUACCUCAUCAGUAAGGAGAGCCAGGUGAAAGCACACAUCACGCAGCUGGAUCUGCUGCUGAAAGAAACAGAGUGCAACAGUGAAAAAGCUAAAGAAGAAGUAUCUCAGAGUUUUGAGAAAUUAUCUCACAUCCUGGAAGAGAAGAAAUCUGCAGCUCUUAGGGCAAUUGAAAUUUCUAAGAAUUUAAGGCUGGAAAAAUUGCAGGCGCAAGCAGAAGAAUAUCAAGGGCUUCUGGAAAAUAAUGGCCUUGUAGGAUAUGCUCAGGAAGUGCUAAAAGAAACUGAUCCAUCUUGUUUUGUUCAAACAGCAAAACAACUUCAUGUCAGAAUCCAAAAAGCUACUGAAUCUCUGAAGAGCUUCAGGCCAGCAGCUGAAUCUACUUUUGAAGACUUUGUGGUGGACAUAGCCAAGCAAGAAGAGAUCCUUGGUGACUUUUCCUCCCAUUCCAAUGGUCUAGAAAUACCAGAAAUCAAUGAAGAGAAGAGCAGAAUGUACAACAAAGCUCUGAUCAGUUGGGAAUGCCCUGGGAAGACAAACUCUGCUGAUAUCUAUGUUCUUGGGUAUCGUAAGCUUAACAGAGAAGAGGAGAGUGCGACGUGGCAGGAGAUCGAAGUUUGCAGCAAGAGAAAAGUAAUAUCUGAUCUUGAUGAUGACAGCAGCUAUGCCUUUAGAGUUCGAGGAUAUAAAGGGUCCGUCUGUAGCCCUUGGAGCCAAGAAGUUAUUUUGCGUACACCUCCAGCUCCAGUUUUCAGUUUUCUUUUCGAUGAGAAUUGUGGGUACAACAGUGAACAUCUCCUGUUGAACCCAAGAAGAACCUCUGUGGAAAGCACAGCUGGACUUCCUCUGCUGCUGGGAUCUGAGCGCAUGCAGGUUGGCUGCUACACAACCCUGGAUUACAUCAUCGGCGACACUGGGAUUGCCAAAGGGAAGCACUUCUGGGCUUUUCAUGUGGAAGCCUAUUCCUACCUGGUGAAAGUGGGAGUUGUUUCUAGCAACAAGAUACAGAAAUUGUUCCAUAAUACCCAUGAUGUGACCAGCCCAAGGUACGAGCAAGACAGUGGUCAUGACAGCGGGAGUGAAGAUGCCUUCUUUGACUCCUUGCAGCCUUUCCCACUGGUCACUUUAGGCAUGAAGAAGUUCUUUAUCCCCACAACACCUGCUGCCCCCACGGAUCCAGCAAGCAGAAUCCUUCCCCUGCCGCCAUGCUUGGGCAUCUGCCUGGACUGUGACAAGGGCAAGGUGGGGUUCUACGAUGCAGGCCGUAUGAAAUGCCUUUAUGAGUGCGAGGUGGACUGCUCUGGCAUAAUGUACCCGGCGUUUGCCUUAAUGGGUGGUGCAGCAGUUCGUCUCGAGGAAGCUGUCACAGCAAAGUACGGGGAGUACCACGACGACAUCUAG